AUGACCCUAUCUGAUCCAGACGAGCAUGAGAGCGAGGAGCCCGAAGACUUUACCUCUAGGCCAAGCUCGCCGCUCCAGUCAGGUCUCGUUUCCCUAUUGCCCCUGACCGAGAGUGAUUAUCCAUCCCGGUUGGACCGCCAAGAACCCCCUCACGAGCCUCUAAGUGACUAUGGCCAUGGCGGUCUCCAUCCUGUUCACAUAAAUGACAUUUUGGACGGUCGGUUUGAGGUCAUUGCCAAGCUCGGCGAUGGGGGAUUUGCCACCGUCUGGCUCUGUCUAGAGACAAACACCCACAAAUGGAGAGCUGUCAAAAUCAUUAAAGCGGAGCAUUCAAAGCCAGAGAAUCCGGGCCUGCUGCUUGUCGAAUAUUUAAAAAAUCGCAAUCUGGGUCCUGCCGACUGGGAGGCGGCGCACAUCCAGCUUCCGAUCGAUCACUUCUGGAUUGAGGGCCCAAACGGUCGACACCUUGCCCUUGUCCUUCCCCUGCUGGGCCCAGCGAUAGACACACAAUUGGAUGAGGAUGUGGGCACCAUCAAACAUAUAUGCCUUCAAGCUGCGCAGGGGCUGGCAUUCCUCCACCAGCACGGCAUCUGCCACGGUGACUUCCGGCCCUCCAACAUCCUCCUGCGCUUGGACUCCAUCGAUCGCCUCGGCAAGAAGGAAAUGAUCACCUUGGUUGAGAGGCCAUGGACUGUGCCGUCCGACUGGUAUGGUGAAGAAUACCAUGGGCCAAAUUACCCGCAGUAUCUCGUCAAGCCAGUAGAUCUUUCAGCUCUUCCCAUCCAGAACAACAUCGCCAUUGUCGACUUCGGAGUGGCCUUCAAAGCGUCUAAUCCGGCGGAGUUUACUGGCAUCCCUACGCGGUACGGCGCGCCCGAACACAACUUCCCAGACUUGCUGAUAGGCCCUGCCAGUGAUUUGUGGUCGCUGGCCGUCACUAUUGCGGAACUA